GUAAACUCUAUUUAAGUGGUUGAAAGGUAUUCAACCAUAUUGUUAUCAGUCCUGAAAGCCAUAGUUUAUUUUGAUGCUAGCUGUAAAGCGUUGUUUUAAGGAGCGUCAUGAGCAGCAACACAAAAAUGCCAACAUGGAGCCAGAUACAGUCACAGCUGAAACACCCCAAUAAUCCAGUGGUGUUUUUUGAUAUCAAAGUUGGAAAUUCUGAGGUGGGACGGCUGCUGGUGGAACUGUUCGCCGACGUGUGCCCGCGGACCGCCGAGAACUUUCGCCAGUUCUGUACUGGCGAAUACCGCAGGGACGGUGUCCCCAUGGGCUACAAAAACGCCGGUUUUCACCGCGUCAUCAAGGAUUUCAUGAUUCAGGGAGGUGAUUUCAUUAAGGUACGAAUGAAAUGCUAUCCCAA